UCGUCUCCAGUGCUCCAGACUCAGCUGGCAUUUUGGAAGCAACUUGAUAAGCUUUCUCGAUCUCCCAUCGAUCAGGAUUUGUUUGUUCUUGGUCGCGAAGCUGAGGCAAUUUCUCCACCACCCAGACAGAUAACCAGCAAUUUUGCCCUCCUUAGAGCCUCAUUGGACCAUACUAGCGGAGUAUUGUCUGCCUAUCCUUCCCAAACCAAGCAGACCAUACAGACUCAGCAGCAGCACCUAAAAUGUUAUGAACAGACCUGCGAAGAGUUUUGUAAAGAAGAGCAACAAAAAGACGGCAAAGCAACUUCUUCUCCAUCUAUCCAGGCGUCUUCCUUCCACCACCUGGCAGCCUCCCCCACAAUCAGUCCCAGCAAUGAAAAAGUUCAGACGAUACCGGAUGAACCCGAUUGCGUCAUGAAUUCCAGUGCUUCAAAUCCAGCAUGUAGGCAGACUGCUUUGUGUGAGAUCGACCAGAUUUGUGAAGUGAUCCAAGAAGAGCUAGAUGCAAUUGUCACACUCUCAGCCCCGGAUACAUGUUCCCCGAAGCAGUUGGUUAUCAAUCCAUUUCUCGAGUGUCUUACACAACCUACCGAAGUCUAUUCAACUUCUUCAUUUAAAGUGCCUUCAUUAUUUUCACUAACCAUAAAGUCGGGACUUGAACAAUUGGACGAAAAUAUCGAAGGCAAACCGAAUCGGGACUCGAAUAAUUUGAUGGUGAGCACGUUUUAUCAAGCUUUUACAUGUUCCUCCAUUACCGGUGCAUUGGGGGGACAACAUUAUAUACGAUUUACAGUACAACAAUCAACCGAAUGCAUAGUAUAG